GUUCCCUUUUCAGUGUCCUUUCAAUUUCUUUCGACGAAACUUCAUUUCUCAAUUUCUUUUGAUUUUGAUCGCUUCGAAGAACGAAUCAAUUUAAGCCUGCCACAAACAAACCCUAGAAUACGACAACGCACGACGACGAAGAAGUCGAAGAAGACUACUACUAUAAACGACGAAGAUCAUUACUUCAAUCUUCAAUCGAGCUUUUAAAUUUUCAGAUCGUAGAAGAAAAUCGAACUUUUGAUUCCAAAAGCGAUGAGACCGAUUCAAUCGCCUCCAGGAGUUUCCGUUCCGGUGAAAAGCCGUCCCCGUCGCCGUCCUGAUCUUACCUUACCGCUUCCUCAACGCGAUGUUUCUCUCGCUGUACCUCUUCCUCUCCCACCUACUUCCGGUGGUUCCGGUGGCUCUAGUGGAUCUGCGCCGUCUUCUGGUGGUUCGGCGUCUUCAACGAACACUAACAGCUCCAUAGAAGCGAAGAACUAUUCGGAUUUAGUGAGAGGUAACCGUAUCGGAAGCGGAGCAGGUGGAACGGUAUACAAAGUGAUUCACCGUCCGAGUUCUCGUCUAUAUGCACUUAAGGUGAUAUACGGUAACCACGAGGAGACUGUGAGACGUCAGAUCUGUAGAGAGAUCGAGAUUUUACGAGAUGUGAAUCAUCCAAACGUUGUGAAAUGUCACGAGAUGUUUGAUCAGAACGGUGAGAUCCAGGUUUUGCUUGAGUUUAUGGAUAAAGGUUCUUUAGAAGGUGCUCAUGUGUGGAAAGAGCAACAAUUAGCUGAUCUAUCUCGUCAGAUUCUUAGUGGUUUAGCUUAUCUCCAUAGCCGUCACAUAGUUCAUCGUGAUAUCAAACCAUCGAAUCUUUUGAUAAACUCUGCUAAAAACGUUAAGAUUGCUGAUUUUGGAGUUAGUAGGAUCUUGGCUCAGACUAUGGAUCCGUGUAAUUCAUCUGUUGGAACCAUUGCUUAUAUGAGUCCUGAGAGGAUUAACACUGAUUUGAAUCAGGGAAAGUAUGAUGGUUAUGCUGGAGAUAUUUGGAGCUUAGGUGUUAGCAUUUUGGAGUUUUACUUGGGGAGGUUUCCUUUCCCUGUGAGUAGACAAGGUGAUUGGGCUAGUCUUAUGUGUGCCAUUUGUAUGUCUCAGCCUCCAGAAGCUCCAGCGACUGCGUCGCCGGAGUUUCGGCAUUUUAUCUCGUGUUGCUUGCAGAGAGAACCGGGGAAAAGGAGGAGUGCUAUGCAGCUAUUGCAGCAUCCUUUCAUAUUAAGAGCAAGUCCGAGCCAGAACAGGUCUCCUCAGAAUCUACAUCAACUCUUGCCUCCUCCUCGUCCUCUGUCCUCGUCUUCUUCUCCAACCACAUAGCGUUUUCUCUCUUCUUCCCUUCAUCAACUCAUAUUUUUUGUGUUACUACUGUUCUUGAGUCUGUUGUCCAAUUUUUUGCUAAUCAUGGAGGGUCUCUGAAUUUUACAUUUAUUAGGGAGUAAAAAACUCGAGAGAGGGUUUUUGGGAUUAUUGUUUUCUAGAAAGGUAAAAGAGAACAAUGAUAAUAUUCUUAUGCUUAUGAUGGUGCAUGUAUCCCCAAUGUAGCUUUGUUGAAUUUUCAUAAAAGUUUUUGCCUUGGUUUUUCUUUUGUCAUUUAUGCUCGUCAAUUUUGCAUCUUGAAGACGAAAAGGACCGUUUCGUUUCCAUUCUCGGUGUUUAGUUUUGUCAUUGAUAAAAUGUCUCCUUGUAAAGCUUAUUACCAUCAUGAAAAAGCAAAAUAUACGGAUCGUAGAAUCGUUUCUCAAACCUAAUCAGGUUGAUGUCCCAGUUUAGAACAUCCUUGGAAGAGUUUAAGACAAUUCCUCAAUCCGAGAGAGCAAAACGACUGUGUUUAGCAAAGUGGGUCUAAUUGAAGAAAAGAGGAACUUGGGCCAGCUAAAGAUAAAGCCCAAUGUUGAAAAGACGUCGUCUAAGGCACAACAACGGUCAAACGGUCAUCUCCAAAGUUGGAAAACGACAAGAAACAAAAACACAGAGCAGUGG